AAAUCCUACUUAGCAGAAGAGAAGUGCUAUACGAACGACCAAUGCAUUCGACUAGCGUACGUCUCAUCUCAUCGGAUUGUCCUGUUUGGUAGAGCUUUAGCUUCUAAAUUUAGCUCCAAGCUCCAGGAGUUAAGCUUUAAGUGGAGUUGUGGAGCUGUCUAAACUCAACUCCACCUCUCUAAAUUAUUUUGUGAGAGUUUUACUCAGCUUCGCUCCUAUUUUAAGUAGAGCUGAAACUGUUUGGCUAAGUUUUAGCUCUAGGAGAGGUGGAGCUGGAGCUGUGAUUACUUUUGUGGGUCCAGUUUUUUUAUAGCUAAUCAUGGUCAUAUAGGAGUCGGAUGUGCAAGUCGUAUGCAUGGUCAUUCUGUGCUCGGCUUAUUAAAAAAAUUAUGUAAAUGUAAAAAACGAAAAAUUAUGCUUAAAGUACUUUAGAUAAUAAAGCAAGUAAAAAAAUAAAUAAUAAUUUUAAAAUUUUUUGAAUCAGACGAGUGAUUAAAAGUGCAAAUAAAAACUUAAAAUUCUUUGUAUUAUGGGACGGAGGGAAUAGCACUGCAAGUUUAACUAAAGUAUCCUACAAAUUCAGUAUUCAAAAUAUUAUGCUUUGCCUGCUGCUGGCUGGUGCAGCAAAUUGGUCCUGGUCCCGGUGCACGGUCCUACGUGGCGAGCCGGGCACUCGCGCAUGUCAGGGGGGGCCAAGGCGCCGUCCCACGUGGCCUCGGGCCCACCCAGGCGGCGGGGAUCCGUCCGACGUGGCGAUGAUGGACAGACGGCUGAGCGCCAAGUGGCACACGCUUAUCAGCAAACGAACGGCUGGGGUCGGUCCACGUAGACGCCUCGAUACGUUCUUAUCCGCGCGAUCCAACGGACCGAUCCCCCCGCGCCAUUCCCCACCCCACCAUCUCUCUCUCUCCUCUCUUCUCUUCUUCCUCCCAGACUAGUCAGUCUCUCCCAAGAACACCCACUCCUCUAGUCUCUCUCGAGAGAGAGAGAAAAUUGAUGAUUCUUGGGAUGAUUUUGAGGCGUCUGAUUUGCUGAAGAGGAGGAGGAGGAUGCCGGACUCGGACAACGACUCCGGCGGGCCGAGCAACUACGCGGGAGGGGAGCUGUCGUCGCCGCGGGAGCAGGACAGGUUCCUGCCGAUCGCGAACGUGAGCAGGAUCAUGAAGAAGGCGCUGCCGGCGAACGCCAAGAUCAGCAAGGACGCCAAGGAGACGGUGCAGGAGUGCGUCUCCGAGUUCAUCUCCUUCAUCACCGGCGAGGCCUCCGACAAGUGCCAGCGCGAGAAGCGCAAGACCAUCAACGGCGACGACCUGCUCUGGGCCAUGACCACCCUCGGCUUCGAGGACUACGUCGACCCCCUCAAGCACUACCUCCACAAGUUCCGCGAGAUCGAGGGCGAGCGCGCCGCCGCCUCCACCACCGGCGCCGGCACCAGCGCCGCCUCCACCACGCCGCCGCAGCAGCAGCACACCGCCAAUGCCGCCGGCGGCUACGCCGGGUACGCCGCCCCGGGAGCCGGCCCCGGCGGCAUGAUGAUGAUGAUGGGGCAGCCCAUGUACGGCUCGCCGCCACCGCCGCCACAGCAGCAGCAGCAGCAACACCACCACAUGGCAAUGGGAGGAAGAGGCGGCUUCGGUCAUCAUCCCGGCGGCGGCGGCGGCGGGUCGUCGUCGUCGUCGGGGCACGGUCGGCAAAACAGGGGCGCUUGACAUCGCUCCGAGACGAGUAGCAUGCACCAUGGUACAUAUAUACAGUAAUCAGCAGCUGUUCAUUUUUCUAUGAUUACUAGUUGACUUAAGCUUGCAAAUUUGCUAAUCUGAGCUCCUGAGUUUUUUUUUUUGGUCAGCAAUUUCAAGAUGGUCAGAAGCUAAAUUUGUCUAUUUGUUACUGAUAAAUUAUUUGUUCUCUCCGUUUAAUCGUCAUGAAAUGUUUUGGGAAACAUGAACUUUUCAUGCCCCUUUUUUAAUAUAGAUUAAGAAUCCAGCCUUUA